AGACUUUAGUCUUACUGUGGUCGUUACGUCGAAUGGACGUGCCUUCGAACAUAGUUCUCCGAGUGACGCCCAAAGAUGGAUGUCAGACCUCCGUUUUUAAUUCAAUAUCGAGGACGUAAUAUUUAUCUCUGAAAAGGACCAUCCUACAUUAUGAAUCGACUUAAAAUUUCGAUUUGCAACAUCUAGGUUGGCUCGUGUCGACUUUGCACAAUUUGCAUUAUUGCGAUUGGCACACGGGUAUUGACCAAUUUUGUAAAAGCUACUUGAAAUGCGGAGCAACCGUUGAAUCGAUUCAUUGCCGGAAGAUCAACGUGAUUGUUGGUGUACGGCAGGCGUUUUUGGACGAUCACAAGGAGUUCAAACAAAAUACGUUUUUGAUACAAAUGUCGCCAAACGAAGAAAGGAUACCACUAACAAUGUAUCCCAAGACAAAGACGGAUUCUGACAUAAUGCAGGAUCGAUUGGCGAACGGUGAAACAGUGAAGAAUGGUGAAGCGACGACUCAGAAGAACGAUGAAUCAGCGAUCGAGUACGUGCCGAGGAUAAAGUGGCUGGACCUCGGCGCGCAAAUCUUUAUACACGGUGGUUGUCUCUACGGAUUGUAUUUGGUCUUCACGCAAGCGAAAUUACUUACAUCGCUAUGGGUGUUUGUGACGAUUUAUACAUCUGGUUUUGGCAUUACGGCUGGUGUUCAUAGAUUAUGGUCACACAAGGCAUACAAAGCGAAAUGGCCUCUGCGUUUACUUCUAGUCUUCCUCUUCACGAUAACAGGACAAAGAGAUGUAUACACGUGGGCGUUGGACCACAGGGUACAUCAUAAGUACAGCGAAACCGAUGCCGAUCCCCAUGACGUAAGAAGAGGUUUCUUUUUCGCUCACGUAGGGUGGCUCUUUACGACACCUCAUCCUGACGUUGACGCUAAACGUAAGGCGGUCGAUGUGAGCGAUCUAGAAGCGGAUCCCAUAGUUAUGUGGCAAAAAAGGUGGUACGUACCUCUAUUUGCUCUCCUGACCAUCGCAUUACCGGUGGCGAUUCCUUACUACUUCUGGUCAGAGUCGCUGUGGAUCUCGUUCUGGGUAAACUUCAAUCUUCGCUUCUGCAUAAAUUUGAACAUAGCCUUCUGCGUUAAUAGCGUGGCACACUUGUGGGGACAGAGACCCUACGAUAAGAGCAUCUCGCCAGUGGAGAACAUCGCGGUGUCGAUCGCGUCGCUUGGCGAGGGAUAUCACAAUUACCAUCACGUGUUUCCGUGGGAUUACAAGACGGGUGAACUCGGUGAUUACCCGUUCAAUAUUACCACCGCCUUCAUCGACGUAUUUGCACGAAUCGGUUGGGCGUACGAUCGAAAGUAUGUAACGUCAAGUAUGAUUCGUCGCAGGGCGCAUCGAUGUGGCGACGGAAGUCACGUCUGGGGCUACGGUGAUGUCGACAUCUUGAAAGAAGAUCUAUCAGAGUUGGAUGUGAUGGAUAAUCACGAGUUGUGAGACUGAAAACUCGAGUCUUACCCCGUAUUCUCUAGGAUAGAUCAGAUAAAUACGUAGAGGCAUUUCCUAAUACGUCACACGCGGACCAUUUGUGGAAACUUUUGUAAAGAUUCCAGUUAAAAUAAUACGAAGAAUUUCAAUCUCUUGUAACUUUGAACCUCGUGUAACUUUAAGCUUUACAUAAAUUGUUGUAUAACAUUGGGAAAUGUUUAUAAUGGUUAGAAUUAAAAAGGUAUGUGAAUCGCAAAAUAAUUGAGUAAACUGUAAAGUACAAGUGGCUCCUGAUUAUAAUCAACGAUUAAUAAAUCAAUUCUUUUAAUUACGACACCUUGAACCAUAAAAUUUAUUAGAGAAAGAUUAAGAUGUAUACAUAUUGGUUUUUUAUUUAUUGUACAUUUGAGAUACAAGAUUUGUCAGAUUUGUUAAAACAUUUGUAUGUGGGAAUUGUUUGUUAUAAUGAUGAUAACAAUAAGUUUCAUCAUGGUAAAGUACAUACAGUGGCAAAUAUAUGAUAUCGAUAAAUUACAAUACAACCUUGCGUAAUCGAGGGUCCAUUGUUUGGUACAAAGGAAGCUACUGUUUUUUAACAAAAUACGUAUUAUGAUACCUUAUAUAAUACGUAUAUAAUCGUUAUUUGUUAGUUAUAUAACUGCAUUAUGAAAAUUUCUAUUUUAUUGAAUGUUAAUGACGCAAAGUACAAUAAUCUAAAUAAGAAAGAUCGUUGUAUAUUAAUAUGUUCUAUAGAUUGUGAUGAGAUUGUGUACAUUCUUGAAAUCCUUUAAACAUUUGGCUAGGAGGUAAGAUUGGAAAUUUGUUGUUUUCACAAUUGGAAAAAUCGAGGAUGAAAAUAAAAUCAGCAUGUUACUAAUUGUCAUUUUUUUUCGAUCAAUCUUCUAUAUAUAUCGUUUGUUUUGUACAUUAAUAAAAUCUCCAUUAAUAUUCCAUUAAAAUUUGAAACAAUUAAUCCUGUGUCAAUUUGUUUUUAAUAUAACUUGUUUUUAAGAUUAAAUUAUUUUACGUUUUAAUAAUGUGUAUUUUUGUAUUCUUAUAGUUAUGCUUAAUUUCACACUUUAUACUUUAGUAUCUGGAAAUAUCACAUCGACCAAUUAGCUUAAACAGAUCAUAUAGUAAUAUUUAUGGUGCCUUUUAUAAGAUAUUCUUUUCAACACAGUUCCUAUAUUGUUCACAGGCGAAUCCUAUUGUUAUACAUGUAUCCUUAAUGUGUUAAAUAUGUUUUAUAUUUAAUACUGUAUAUUGAAAUAUUAACUAAAUAAUUAUGGGAUAAUAAUAAAGUUAUAAACGUUUUGUUAAAUACGUAUGUAAGUAUAAUUGUCCAUAAAUAUAUAUAUACAUAUAUAUAUGUACAAUAA